AUGACACGUGAACAUACUCAAUGCCUUUUUUGGCUAAUUUUCGUCAUUACAACAUGCGAAGGUUUACUGCAGCAGGUUUGCCGAAGUGAUAACGCUGUCCUUGGUACAGAAAUCAACCUUGACGACCUAGAAGACAACUCGGCUUCGUAUGAGGCAAUCACAGAUAUGAUCAAAGGUGCCCUGGUUGCGAAUGGUGUGGUUGUAAUUCGAAAUCAGACGAUGGACAGAGUUGGGCAGUGCAAUUUCACCCGGAAUCUGGGUCCCGUGAUUAUACUUCCCGAAUCCUUCGAGGGCAAAGAUCCAGAACCAGGGCUACGAGCUAUUCAAAGGGUCACCAACUAUUUCGACAACGGAACAUGGAAGGGCGUUGGCCAUUGCUUUGGAUGUUAUUGGCACAAGGACGGGGAUUUUCAUUCGGCCGAUUACAUAGCGAGUGUGCUCUAUGCUGAAAGAGUGGUGGGACCAGCAGCAGCCACGAUGUUUCUGGAUAACUGUGCGGCCUACGACCUCAUUCCUCCGGGCCUAAAAGCACGGAUCCAGGACACAGUUUUCUGGGUAUCGGUUCGGGACAUCCCAGACUUUAAAAACGGCACGGAAGAGGAUUUUGCCCUUUUCCCUGACUCAGCCCGACAUCCUAUAUUCUACACUCACCCGGGCUCCGGACGUCGGUGCCUGUAUAUGACCAACACGAUGCGGACACUACGACCCAAGAGUGCGGCCGAGAUGAGAGAUUUGCAGAGGGCCUGGGAUAUCAUGGUCACUCAGGCACCCAAGUAUCGCCACUAUUGGGUAGCAGGAGAUGUCGUCAUUUGGGACAAUCUCGCGGUCAUGCACAGAGCAGGCGAGAAACGGCCCGGGUAUUCUCCCCGAGAUCCACGGAUCCUCUUCAGGACACAAUAUCGCAUCAGUAAUUACUACUAG